UUUGAGAAUUUUUGGUCGGGGGAAAAAAAAGGAAAAAUUCUUUCCCUAUCAAUUUUUUCUAUUGACCAUUUUGUUUAUGUAUUUCCGUGAUUUUAAUCCCAUUACCGAUCGCCGUAACUAAGUCGUUGAUUAAACAAUAAUUAAUUAUGACAGUGCCCGAGCGUUUGCGAAUAUCGCCGUCGUACCGCCGAACCAGCCUCGUCCGAUUCUGAGCGUUGACCGUGCAGUGGACGUUCGGCGCAGCACACUAAAAAUCAGCUGAACGACGGUAGUUAAUGACAACUCGUUCGUUGGGAGCCCUGGAAGGUAAAAAAGCGAACGCAAUGGGCAACGCCGCGACGGCUAACAAGAAAGGCGACUCGGCCGAGAGCGUCAAAGAGUUCCUCGACCAGGCCAAGGAGGAUUUCGAGGAGAAGUGGAAAAAGAACCCAACGAACACGGCGGCCCUUGAAGACUUUGACCGUAUCAAGACGUUGGGUACGGGCUCGUUUGGCCGUGUCAUGAUUGUACAACAUAAGGCUUCCAAGGAGUAUUAUGCCAUGAAAAUACUUGAUAAACAGAAAGUGGUCAAGUUGAAACAGGUAGAACACACGUUGAACGAAAAGAGAAUUUUACAAGCAAUCAGUUUCCCGUUCCUCGUCAGUUUGAAAUACCACUUCAAGGACAAUUCCAAUUUAUAUAUGGUGCUUGAAUACGUGCCGGGAGGUGAAAUGUUCUCUCACCUGCGGAAGGUUGGCCGAUUCAGCGAGCCACAUUCGCGUUUUUACGCGGCUCAAAUAGUGCUAGCAUUCGAGUACCUACACUAUCUUGACCUAAUCUACAGAGAUCUCAAGCCAGAAAACUUGCUGAUCGAUUCGCAGGGCUAUUUGAAAGUGACUGACUUUGGUUUUGCGAAACGUGUCAAAGGGCGAACUUGGACCCUGUGUGGUACGCCUGAGUAUUUGGCGCCUGAAAUUAUAUUAAGCAAGGGAUAUAAUAAAGCUGUCGACUGGUGGGCUCUUGGAGUUCUAGUAUAUGAGAUGGCUGCUGGUUAUCCACCGUUCUUUGCUGACCAACCUAUACAGAUAUACGAGAAAAUUGUCUCGGGCAAAGUACGCUUCCCAUCACAUUUUGGUUCUGACCUAAAAGACCUACUGAGGAACUUGCUACAAGUGGAUCUUACUAAACGAUUUGGCAACCUGAAGAACGGUGUCAACGAUAUCAAAGGACACAAGUGGUUUGCAUCAACAGAUUGGAUUGCCGUGUUCCAGAAGAAAAUUGAAGCUCCGUUCAUUCCUAGGUGCAAAGGACCAGGAGACACAAGCAAUUUUGACGAAUACGAGGAAGAAGCAUUGAGAAUCUCUUCGACGGAAAAAUGCGCCAAAGAGUUUGCUGAGUUUUAAGGUACGCAAACUGUCUAUUUUAUUUAGAUACAUUUAUACAUUUUGUUUUUGCAACCUCAGUACACAAUUAAUAUUAAAAUAGGAGGACCAAACUGUUUAUGAGAAAUUCUGCUUGUAUCAAAAUUAUUAUAAUUUAGUAGGUUUUUACUAAGAUGGCUUUGUUUAGCCAGUGGCGUUCGCAGGAAAUCAAUUUUGUUCAAGAGUCAGAAAACUCAGAAAUAUUGUUAUUACAUCAUUGUGUGAAUAUCUACACCAUGCCGAACUAAAAUGACAAUGGUACAUUUCAUACAUAUAAAUAUACUUAUGUAUAUUUAUACAAUAUCAAAAUCUUGCUCUACCUUAGAUAAGAUACAAUCUCUUUUUAUAUUGAUUGUGUUCUUUUGUUAACUUGUUUACAAUAUCUGAAUUAAUAUAUUUCUUUUGAUCCUAUCUUGUUGUUAGAUUUUGACAAAUUGGGACUUUAGAGACAUAAUAGAUAAUUGAAAUAUAGUUAUUUGUAAAAAAAAAAUAAACAUAUAUAUAAUAUAAUAUAUUAUAACAAUAAUAAUAAUAAAAAUAAAAAUAAUUAUUAAUAAUUAACUAAAUUAAAAUAUUACUAGCUGUUACUUAUAUCAUAUUAUUAUUAUAUAGUGCAUUCUGACCUCUGCGUACACCACUGCCUAAGUUUUCUCAAACCUUUUUAUUUACUCAAAAUAAUCAAAUAUGGUUAAAUCAACUAUUAAAAUGAAUAGAACAAUUUUUUUUUAGCCAAUAAUUUAAGUGUAUACGUAAAUAAUUUUCCUCAUCAUAAUGUAUUAUUUUAUGUUUAAAAUCGGUGCCAUUUGUAUUGAACCACCAUUUGAACAACAGGUAUCCGAUUUCAUUGCUUUUAUUAUCUGUUUAAACAUUCUAAAGAGCUUGUCUAAUAUUAAUUACUGUAUGGUAAUUAUUAUUGUUAAUUAUUUUUUUUUCGGAAUUGGAUAGUUCCUAGUGAAGUUACAUUAUAAAUUUCCAAUGUUAAUUACAUUUUUUGUUCAUACAAUAAUGUUAAAAAAAAAAAAUAAUAAUAUAAAAAUGUUCUGAAUGAUUAAAUCUAUUAUGUAAAAUGCUAAAAUUUUGAAAACAAAUUGCAUUUAAAUAAUAUAAUAUUUACUUUUAUGUUUUAGUUCAAAUGUAAAGUUUCUUAAAAACAAAUUUGAGUAAUUGUUAUUUUUUGUAUAGACAUUUAAAAAAUUUUUUUUAACUUGUUAUAAUAUGUUAUCUACACUUUUUGAUGUUUUAUUUGGAAUUCACUAAGAACUAUUCAUUUUGUAUUCUGUUUUGUUUUUCUUUAUACAUAUGUAUGUAUUUGUUUAUUUAUUUUUAUUUUUGUGUCGAGUGCAAUGCUAUAAUGUGUUAAGUGGUUUUUUAUGUAGAGUUCACACUGAAAAUAUACUACAUAAUAUACAAUAAUAAUUAAUAUAAUUAUAAUUAUAGACUUAAACAGUUAAAGAUAUACUAGAUAUUAGCAUUUUAUUAGGUUUCUUUAAAAAAACAUUUUGUCCCAUUAACUAUACCUAUUUAAUAUAUAAUGUUAAAUUGGCUUGCCAACAUUUUGUGACAGAAUACUAAUACCCAUGUAUGUAUUUUUUGUUUAUAUAUAUACUAAGCUCUAACUGAUAUUUCAUUUUUCGUGCGGAGUUCAGGGUAUGUUUCCCGGAGUUAGAAGCAUCUACAUAUAACAACUUGUACUUAACUUAAAAUUAUGUUUUUCUUUAGGUAUCAGUCUUGAAAUGGUGUCAGCUCUUAUGAUUUUAAGUUAUAAUAAAACUAAAAAUAAUUUUAAUAAUAAUCGCUUUACUUAUCUACUUAUUUAUUACACACCUACAGUCUUUUUGUGAUUUCUCCUAAAUUAAUUACAUUAAUUAUGUUUUAUUUUAAUUAUUUGUUUGUCAUUUUGUAAGAAGCACAAUCUAUGAAAUCAUAUUCUUGUUACCAAUAUUUACCAUGUUUAGAUUUUAAAUGUGUAAUAAUCUAUAACUUAGUCUAAAUGAGCAUAAAAGAUCCCUAGUCAGUAUUUCAAAAAACUAAAUUAAUAAUUAUUGUUUUAUUAAUAUUUCACUUUAUUAUUGUUUAACUUUUGUUUUUCGAUUGUCUAUUUUUAGUUACAAUUGAUGAGUAUUAUUUUAAAUUAUUAUUACGUUUUUAUUAUUAUUAAUUGUGAUGUUUUUGUU